CCCACCUCAUCCACACACAACACAACCCAUCCACAAUGUCUAACUUCCUUGACAACCUCCGCGACAAGGCCCAGCAGGUCGGCGACAAGCUCAACCCCAACACCGGCGGCGGCGUUGGCCAGCAGAGCGGCCAGUACGGCGGCAACAACAACGACGACAGCUACGGCUCGGGCAACAACAACAACUCGGGCUUUGGCUCGUCGGGCAACGACAGCUACGGCUCUGGCAACAACAACAACUCGUCGUCGGGCUUCGGUGGCUCGGGCAACGACUCGUACGGCUCGGGUGGUAACUCUGGUGGCUUUGGCGGCUCGGGCCAGGGCCAGACCGGCGGUCGCCACCACCACCGCCGCGACGACGACGACAACUCUGGCAGCGGCGGUGGCGGCUUCGGCGGCAACAACAACAACUCGUCGGGCGGCUUCGGCGGCUCGGGCAACGACAGCUACGGCUCGGGUAACAACAACUCGUCGGGCUUCGGCUCGUCCGGCAACGACUCGUACGGCGGCGGCAACAACAACUCGUCGUUCGGCUCGGGCAACCAGGGCUCUGGCGGCUUCGGCUCGUCGGACGACUCGUACGGCUCGGGCAACCAGGGCGGUGGCCUCUCUGGCCGCCAGCAGGGCUCGGGCGGCGGCUUCGGCGGCAACGACGACUCGUACGGCUCGAACCAGGGCGGUGGCCUCUCGGGCCGCCAGCAGCAGGGCGGCGGCGGCUUCGGCGGUAACCAGGGCAGCGGCGGCUACGGUGGCAACCAGGGCUCCGGCGGCUUCGGCGGCAACAACAACGACUACUAGUUUGUUAGUACGAGUUAGUAGCGCGUAGAGGAAGGCGUAAAAUGUGAACGGAAGAAGCAGAAUUGUACACGAGUACACGAUGUUUAUGAACGUGUUACCUGUUA